GCGCACUCGCACCCUCACCCUCACACACAUACUUACAUACCGCAACCCACCAACCCACCAACCCUACAGCCCUUUAUCAAUCCUGGUCGAACACGCACAAUUUCACUCCUACACAACAGCAAGCUCGUGAAAUCAUUCCCAAUCUGGUCGUCUACGUCUACGAUUCACCACGAUCAAAUGCAAGAUCAUCCAGAUCCGACGUCUCGUUGAACAGGAAAUAAAAGAAAAAGAGCAGAAGAAGAGAAAACAUUGCGUAUGAUUGAAAAUUGCGCGAGAGGAAAUCAAAGUUGCAUGUUUUGGCGCAUCCAAUCCAUUCCCCUAUCGAAAUCCUAAAAUCCAUCUCUGCUGCAAAAUAAACGAACGCAUCCAUCACCCAUCACCCACCACUUUCUCCAAUUUCUCAAAAGAUAUGCGCUCAAUUACAUUUACAUGGUAUAGUGUUCUCAACCCCGAGUUCAGCUAUUAGUUGAUCGUACGAACUGGCGCCGCUGGACAAUUCAUUGCAAUUGCAAUCUCAAUAUGAAUGACGGUGAAUCUCCUUCCAAGAUGUCUUCUCUUACGUCGAGUCCCAACCUGACUCCCACCACCUCGAGAGCUCCCACACAACAACAACAACAACAACAGUCUCCUCACAUGCCCCCGUAUCCACAGAGGUCGUCCUCCUUAAAUCGAAGACGUGGUAUAUCGCGUGUGCGAACCGAAUUCCUUCCCACUAUUACUUCCGCUCCCACCGUUCCAAUGUCGGCUUCCUCGGUCACCACCUCGAGCUCUGUGCAAGCAUCGCCAGUCAUGUCACCCGAAACUAGUCAGGUCAUGACCAACAACUCCUCAUUACAAGUAUCGCCCGAAGGCCCACGAGGCCGUGAACCUGAGCAUCGCCUCCCCCCUUUCGAACCUCUGCCCGAUUCAGUCGUCUCACGGAAGCACAGUCAAACUGCCAUGGCCGAGACAUUCACGGGCAAUCGGUCGCAAGGCUUGAUGAGGAGGUUAUCGAACAAGAUCUCAAGACGUCAGUCUACAAAUACAAGUCGGGAACAAAGUGCUGGCCCAGUCAUGUUGCGACGUCGAAGCGACAGCACCAGUACAGCCCCAGAUUCCAGACACUACCUACUCAACUCUGAUUCCGACGAGGACGUUCACGAGGAUACCAUUGAAUGGGUGGAUUCGCCAUUGGGUAUCGAAGGUCUUGUCGGGGACUAUCCCAGUUCCAAUGCCUCGUUCGCUUGCUCGUCGACCAUGACUGGCGGCAACGCAGGCCUCGCAUUCGGUCCGGUUAUCCCUACGGUUCUGCUCCAAGGCACCACGAUGAUCAAGAUCACAAAGAAGAAGAGAAAGGUUCUUACAUUUGUUCUCGAAGAUGAAGCUUGCAAAGUAUCGUGGGACAAGACAAGACCCGCGAAAAGCUUCCUCAUCGACAACAUCAAGGAAAUUCGUCUCGGAUCGGACGCCCUUAACUAUCGCGAGGAAUUCAAGGUUGACUCUCAGGACGAACCUCGUUUCUUCUCCAUCCUCUACGUGGUACCUGACAAUAAGUCGACCGGGCGCUCGACGAAAAUCAUGCAUUUGAUUGCCCCAGAUGAACAAACAUUCGACCUUUGGACGACGACCCUUGAAGCUAUAUCUAAACAUAGAUAUGAAAACAUGUCCAGCCUGGUUGCAUUUAACGAGAAGGCUGUCCGAAACUACUGGCGCGGCGAAAUGACCAAGCAGUUUUCCGACACUCCUCAUGCCGAAGACGAAGAGGCUCUCGAUUUCGAAGGAGUCGAGCAGCUUUGCAAAAAUCUCCACAUCAACACUUCGUCCAGAUUCUUACGCGAGAGAUUUCAACAAGCAGAUGCUACCAAGUCAAAGAAGUUGAUCUUCUCCGAGUUUCAAGAAUUCGUGAAGCUCAUGAAGCGAAGAGGGGAUGUUUCCGAGAUCUACAGAGAGCUCGCUUCUGACAAUGUUAAAGGAAUUACACUUGAAGAGUUUAUUGACUUCGUCAACGUCGUGCAAGGGGAAAAUGUGGAGAAGGAUCGAGCGAAAUGGGAAUCUAUUUUUGCCAAAUUUGCCCGUCGAUCAAGAUCACGAGAUCAGCCAUUGCAAGAAGGUGAGGCUGCACGAAUGAGUGAAGAAGCUCUAGCCACAUUUUUCACAUCCGUCCAUAAUGUUCCCCUCGAGACUGUUCCCGAGACCUUCACUCUCGAUCGUCCCAUGCACGAAUACUUCAUCUCCAGCUCUCACAAUACCUAUCUCAUGGGGCGACAAGUCGCUGGGGAAUCGAGUGUUGAGGCCUACAUAUCUGCUUUGAUCAAAGGUUGCCGGUGUGUCGAAAUUGAUUGUUGGGAUGGCAAGGAUGGGCGACCGAUUGUCAAUCAUGGUCACACCAUGACCAGACCCAUCAUGUUCUCUGACGUGAUGUACACUAUUGCGAAAUAUGCAUUUGUCAAAUCACACUUUCCAUUGUGGAUUUCUCUCGAGGUUCACUGCAACGAUGCUCAGCAGGCAGCCAUGGCUCAGAUUAUCAAAGAAGCUUGUGGCGAUUUACUCGUCACAGAGCCUCUUGAUCCAUCUUCCCAGGUGCUUCCUUCGCCCUCUCAAUUGAUGGAUCGAAUCUUGAUCAAAGUCAAGAAACCCAGAAUCUCCGAUGAAUCCUCUCCCAAGGUCAAUGGCCGGUCUCGUGGCAACAGUCUCAGCUCACCUCGCGUCUAUCCCGCAGGACUCGAUAACUCAACCAUUUCCAGUGGCUCUCUCCUACCUCCACCCACUGCAAACCCGAGUGGAAGCCAUAUCAAGCAAAACAUUCGAAGGACUGGAACUGAUGAGACUACGAGUAGCAGCAGUAGCGACAGUGAAGGAAACGAAGACAGGCCUAAGGAUAAGCCCAAGACGAGCAAGAUUGUCAAAGUUCUUGGGGAGCUUGGCAUUUACAGUGCUGGUGUUAAAUUCCGUGGCUUUGAUGAUCCCGAAAGCAAAGCUUACAACCACAUCUUCUCAUUCAUGGAGUCUACCUUUGACCGAAAUAGCAAGACGCAAAUUGAUCGCCGAGCGAUGACUAGACACAACAUGAGAUAUCUCAUGCGAGUAUAUCCUAAUGGGUGGCGUGUUGCAUCUACGAAUUUCGACCCCCUCAAAUAUUGGCGACGAAGUGUUCAAAUGGUGGCUCUCAACUGGCAGACUCAUGAUCUAGGUAUGCAAAUGAAUGAUGCUAUGUUUGCAGGAGGAACCGAUCAAUCCGGUUAUGUUCUCAAGCCAAGCGAGCUUCGAGAGAUCAAAAUGCUUCCUAGUGUUCCAGAGGAAGCGGGAGCGGAUCACGUCAAGAGAGAACGCAAAAAUGUGAACUUCUCCAUUGACAUUAUCUCUGCUCAACAACUCAUGCGCCCAAAGGGUCUUCCUUCUAAUCGUUCUGUCGAUCCAUAUAUUGAAGUCGAAGUUUAUCAUGCGGAUGAUAAGAGCAAGGAGACUAAAGGUGUCAUUGGCGAAGGUGGUCUUGACGCUUCUGCUAAGGAUGGCUCUUCUGGUUUAGGAGCCCCUCAUAAACGUCGCACACACAUCGUCCAGGAAAAUGGCUUCAAUCCCGUCUUCAAUAAGAAAUUCAAUUUCGCUUUGACAACCAAGUUUCCAGAACUCGUUUUCGUUCGCUGGACUGUUCGAUGCUCAUCGGAUGGCCACAGUUACAACGAUAAAACGUUACCACUGGCUACAUACACUGCCAAACUCAGCAGUCUCAAACAAGGUUACCGCACUUUACCUCUUUACGACACAAACGGUGAUCAAUUCCUCUUCUCGACACUCUUCUGUCGUGUCAAGAUUGAUCCAGCUACGAGCAUUUAUGUCAAUGCUGAAUCAAAUGAAAGCGUUGGAGUACUUAAGAGUCUCGGUCGUACCGUCUUCAACCGAACCCCUCUUUCACCAAAACCUUCCGUCGACAGCAAUCAUCAAUGAUCCCAACUUACUUCAUACUUUAAACAAUAUUCGAUUUAUCUGUACAUACUAUAUCAAUUGUAAUAUAUAUCAUGUGGGGCGUUUGUAUCAAAAAGGCGAGAUACCAUAUUACAUUUCAAUUUCUUUGGACAGAAAUCGGCAUCGAUUCUUUGGUUCAGCAAUUCCGAUUUCAUAUGGCGCAUCCAGUCGCCUCGAGAGUUUAAUCGAUCCACAAUCGACUUUUUUUUUUUCUUUUUCACGCGUUUUUUCUUUUCAGCGAGGCGCAACUUUUUUUUUUUCGGGAGAUCAACACAAGGGAUACCAACUUGAGCAUUCUGCGAUUUACAAUAUCACAGCAUAAGGAUUAUGAUUUUAUUCUGCAGGGGCGCGGGCGGCACUCACAUACAUAGGGCUGGGAUAUUAAAAGUGGCUCGCGCUGCGCGUUUUUGCUAGCGAUUGCAUUUUAAGGGGACAGGCAUCUGCAUACUCCACACAGUUUGGUGUGAAUGAUUUAUGUCAUUUUUCACCAAAAAAAAACAACUCCACUCAUUUAAUUCUAGAAAUUUUCCUUUGUUUUUCAUUUUCACUUUUCACUUUGGUAACAUGGCAGUUGGUGGGCAUACUAUAUCUUGCUUGUUUUUUUUUUCUUCCCCAAUUUCUCUUCAUGGAAUUUCCCUCGCAUCAAAUAUUUCGCGGGUCGAGCUUUUGGGAUGGUAUGGGAUUGGAUGGGAUGGAACUGGAUUGCACGGAAUUGAGCAUCGUGGAAGCAUAUACGAAUUUGCUGGACUGGUUCUAUGCGUUGUUUUUGUUUCUUUCACCUGGAGCUUUAUGAUGGGGUCGUUACUUUGGCGUUUCAUAUCCUGGAGUUUUGGAACAUUUCUUUUGUAAGGAAUCCUUUUGCAUUCAAUGGAUGGAUGGGAUAAUUAUAUGACGGCCUGGUUCUGGGAUUUUGCAGUGUGGGGGAAAGGGAGAGCUUUUUGUUGUAUACACAUAAGAAAGAUUUGCUUGUGGGUGGGGAUGUGGCUGUUAUUAAAGAUCGCCUCAACAAGCUGGAUCUUGAUUUUGAUCUUUUAGCUGCGAGUUUUCAGCUGGCAUGAGAGAUUUUUUGUGGCUUAGGAAGGAAUUGAGAGGUUCAUUGUUUGGGUGGUUGAUAUAGAGUGUUGAUGAGUGGGAUUUGAUGGAAAGAGAGAGGGUGAGAGAUGGAAUGAGAUGAGAAUAUGAAAAGAUGAAUUUUCAUCAAGACUUGAAUGUUAGUUUUAAGCGAUUGAGAGAAGUGAUGUGUGGAAUGGGGAGAUUAAACAAUGAAAACCUUCCUGAGUCAUACAAUAUUUGUUUAUCUAAUGGUUACUUUUUUUGUGAUUUUGUAAUGUGAUUA